GAAAUAUGGCAGACGACGAAGACGCGAUUGUUGUUAGUUUUAACGACAGUUUGUUGCGAAAGUCAGACGUGGAUCUGCUUGAUGGUCCGAAAUGGUUGAACGACAGACUCAUCGGUUUCUGCUUCGAGUAUUUUGAAAAAGAACAAUUUAGCCAUUCAGCUGAUAGAGUAUCAUUUAUAAGCCCAGAGGUUACACAGUUUAUAAAAUUAGCUGCAGCAACAGAACUUGGUGCAUUUCUGGAACCACUGAAUCUGCCAACUAAACAGUUUGUCUUCCUUGCUGUCAACAAUAAUCAGUCCACUAACCAGGCAGGAGGAACACAUUGGAGCUUACUGCUAUACAACCGACCAAGGCAAGAAUUUCAACACUAUGACUCUAAUACUGGAGCAAACAAACUUAUUGCAAGUGAACUUGCGAGAAAGUUACAGCCUUUUGUCAGAGCACCAGCAGGGCGGCUAAAGUUCAUUGAAAAGGAUUCUCCACAACAAAGCAAUGGACAUGAUUGCGGUGUGUAUGUUGUGGCUGUGGCAGAAUACAUGAGCAAGGAACUUGUUGAAGGGCUGUGUAUACCUUUGUCUGAUACCGUCACGUCAAAAGUCAUUGAAGAUAAAAGACUUCAUAUCAAAGAAAUUAUCGAAGAAAUUGCAGCUCUGCCAGAACACUCAGCUUCUGCAGGUAGCUGAUUACCCACAGUGAUGAUUCUUGGCGCCAAAUAAUAACAGUUAUAAGUGAACUAUAACCAAACCAAGUAUUAUCAGCUUCACAAUGUAGUCUGUGACUCACAAUGUUGAAAUAUUUCAACAGGUAUUGUAUGGUGGUGAGGUCUAGCAGUUUAUAAAGGACUGGUGUGUCCAGAGGACUCCAUGAUCGUCUGGAGUAGAGUGCAACAUGCAAGUGUGGAAUUUACAAGCAGUGCAAUGGUCAUCAGAACUCUCUGUCUAGGUGAAACUGAAUAAAAAUCUUUCAUUAUAAUGCACAAAAGGUGUACAGCAUGUAACAGUGCAAACACUGUUUGUAGCUCCUAAAAUUCAGGAGAACUUACCUGAAGCGAAAACGACAGCAUAUUAUUGGAUCUUCUGGAGAUUUUGGGAUCAUGACAUGAGAUUAUUGUUUAUGACGUCAUAGAAACAUGAAGUGUAUGCAACUUGUAUUACAUUAUUAUAAUCAUGAGAGUUAUUUUGGUGUGGUGGUCCACAUCGGUUUCCUGUAAAAGUCUAAGGUCCUGUGAGAUUUACUUCGUCUUUCUUUUGGGCUUACUCCAUGCUGAACUGAAACAUAAAUGCUUAUACACAUUUUGUGCAUGAUUACAAAUCACAAUCUUUUCUUUCUUUUAAUAUAACAGGAAAUUUGUGUUUGUAAUCAUGCAAAGUUUUCUAAUGUGUUUUGGAUGUAAAUGUGCACAAAAGAUAUCCUCCAACAAAGAAUUCAGCACCAUAUUCCCAGUAUUAGAUUAGAUAAAUUUGUGUUUGUAGACAAAAAUACCCCAAUCCAUGUAUAAUUUCCAUUUUUCAUUAUUUUAUAAGAGGGAAUUAAGUAUAAUGAAUAUUAGUACUUUUUGAAACUGCGUAAUAUUAUGUAUAUUAAAGACUUAGAUGAAGCAAAAUAAAUGGAACUUUUCCAACAAAUUUAAUCAGUAUGAACCUUGCAUAAGAUUCAUUAAAAAUUUAAUGAACAGUUCAGAUUACCCGACUAUGCCAGGUGAAUAGUAUUCAGAUUUGUGCAAAAUAGUUCCAUAUAGGGUCACCAAUGCAUGCAGUAAUACAAACCAUUUUAUAUUUUGUGUGUAAAAUAGAAAUGAACUGAAAUAUUAUUCUGUGAAACGACUAUGACUGUUAUGGGUCGGUGUUCUAUAUGAAUGACACAUGAAGAAAUCUUUUUUGUUUUAUAGGUUUACAUCAAUCUUUUUUGACAGGAUUGACACAAAGUGUAUGACACAAUGAAAGAUUGCGAAGUCUCAUGAUUGUCUUUGCUAAUCUUUCCCUCCUAUUUAUUUUAAACCCUGAUUGAUAUGAUGAAGACUUCGCCCUUUCUGACUGGUGUUCGGCUCCCUCAUAUAUGAGUGUAAACCAUAGCAAUGUAAAGCUCAGCAUAAUGGCAUUGGUGUGUUCAAUAUUUGUUUCUGUUUUAACAAGACUAUUAUUCUAACAUUUCAGCAAAGAUGUAUAAGAAGUUACACUGAAAAAAAAAAAUAAAUAAAUGAAGAGAGGGAAAAGCAAUGUAAGUUUUAACCUUGAUUAUAAAUGUGUAUUUCAGUUUUAAUUGCAUAUUCUGUAUGGAACUGACAUAUCCAUGCAUCUAUGUUAUUGAAGUUAACCACACAAGGAGUUUGAAAGGUGAAAGUUGUUUUAAUUGGUUGUAUGAAAGCCGAGUUUGGAUGGGAAAAUCCCCAAUGCACUAUUACUGCUGCCUGAAAAUGAAUUGCAUGCUCAACAUGACUGGAACGUGUAAUCCAUCUAUCUCAUCUAAUAUGUAUGCAUACAAAACAUAUAAUGUCAUGAUUGAGUCCGUUAAAACCAGCUUGACACGAAUCACUUAUCGGUACUGUGAGGGGACUGUAAAGGCAGCUUUAUGGUAUUGCAGCCCUCGUGAUAUUCAGAAAAUUCUAUUUACAAGUAAUUUGUAUCCCAUGUAUAAUAGAUAAAUAAAAUGUGAU